AUGGAACCCCCAGAAGAUCUCCCAGACAUCGAACCAUCUCCAAUUGUCAAAACACCCAUCUAUUGCCGAGAAAGACAUAUUGCCACAGCCAUCACCAUGACAGAAGUUGAUUACAUGUUUAGGAACAAGGACAAUCCAGCAGCCUUACGACCCUACCACAAGAGAAUUGUGGAAGAAACUAGACUAGCAACCAUUUUGCCAGCCCAGGCCUUCUUAGCAUGGUGUUGUCAAGAUUUUGAGAAGUGGAGAGACAGCAACAGGGACGAAUCAGAGACAAACAGAAGAGCGUCGCGGGUUGCGGCUUAUGUAUCGCAGGUAGCCUACACUCACUACUAUAAAACCCCGCCACCCAGCCUCACAGAGACAGAGUUUCCACUAGAUCACAUAUACGCUCACCUGUCUUCGGUCCGGGCCAGAGUUCUAGAUGAGGUGGCUCAGUCUCCUCAAGCAAGAAUAGAGCUCACCAUAGGGUCCAUAAAUGUGACAUUUACAAAGGUGUCAUCCCUCAAGAUUGGCGCAUUAUGGUAG